CGUUGAGAACAUGGAGGAGGAGCUGAAAGUAUUCUUCGAAGAGUGUCGAAGGCAGGAGUUUUCUGCAAAGGACAUGCUGGCUAUAUGUCGCCCUUUGAUUUGGAGAAUUCGCAUGGCUAGGAUUCGAAAAUGGUGCCUUGUCCUAUUGCCCCUGGUCGUCAUUUAUCUCCUUUGGUCAUUUAGUGAUACUUUUUCCUGGUCUUUAAGUGCUAUUGGCCGUUUGCUGCUCAUUCAGAUCCUCCCUCUUUGGGAUUGGACACCCUACUAUAAUGCCAAGUGCUUGAUUUCAAGGGAUCAGAGUGUCCAGGAGCUGCCACCUCCACUGGGUAAACAUGAGACUCUGUGGCAGAACUGUGCGCUCUGUGAAGGUUUGGAGGGAAUUGCAACUGCUUCGAAUGUAAGCUACUCCUCUGUGGAAUCAGAAUACCUAGAACGUGGACUACCUGUCAUCAUAACAGAUACUGCAUUGAGUAUGGAUAUCCCUAAUCUCCUAGAGCUCAUGGAGAAGAGGUCUCCUCAGUGGAUGUCCAGUGAACCCUGUGAUGUGUCUACCAACCUCCUGCUGAGAAAACUUUUCAACCUAGAGGCUGCCCUGGAAAAGAUUCACUCAACAAAUAAUUGGCACCUUCAGCUAAGAAACUGCCAGAAGAAGGCAGUAAAGUCCUCUCGACUGUUCCUGGAACGCCCCUACUACUAUCCCAUCCACCUGGCUCCGUAUUAUUCCAGCUGGCUACUGGCAGUCCACCAGCAGAAGCGAAAGCAGUCGGAGAUAUACGUUCGUGGCUUGGUCUUUGUCCAGCAACUGGGUGGUCACUUUGAAAUGGUGCUGCGUCCGAAGAAUCCCUGCGAUGGGGGAGUGUGUCCAAGCCUCCGAAUGCGCCUGAAUGCGGGAGAGGGUUUGAUCUUCACCACGGACAUUUGGAGCUUAAGCUAUGGCCUAGAGAAACCUCACUCCAAGGAGACCUCCCUGGCCAGCAUCUUCGAAAUUGAGUGGCAAUCCGAUUAGUUGGCCGAAAUUGUAUUUACACACACAACUAGAUACA